AUGGAGCUGUACUAUGGACCAACUUCCCACUUCUCUCUGAUCCAACACGUUUAUCGCGAUUUGAUGCCCAAUCCGUCCACCCAAGCUGCCACGUCUGGCCAAGUGGAAGAGGCUGGCGCAGGCCUCGACUUGUUCAGCUUCCGGCGAAUCUUUUUUGGGACGCCAGAUUCACACGAUGCUAGCAAGCCUUCCGGUGGGUUUGACCUGAACAUGGUGUUCCUACCUUACAACCUUGCGAACCUCUUCCUUGAUCGGUUUCUAGCCCAUCUCUAUCAUGUGAUGCCCCAUCAGCCAAAAUCAUACCUGAAGCAGUGUCUGGAGAAGCUGUACGAUCCGUCGCUAUCCGAGCAUCCAGACACACUGACGCGGGCUAUAAUUUUACUUUCCAUGGCUACAGGAUCACUUGGUACUGAGCAGUAUGCGUGGGGGGAUGUGCUAUUUGAGCGGGUCAAAGAGUCCUUGGUACCAUAUGAUGAUGUCGUCAAUCUACAGACCAUCCAAAUUUCCUUUCUCAUGAUAAGUCGCUCCUAUUACCUUUGCCUACUCGUUCAUGGAACCAAUCAAGUAUGCAGUCUAUACGCGAAUUACCAGAACGAACAAGGUCGCCCCAACUCGGCAUUCUUGCAUUUAGGAUCCGCCACACGAAAGGCAAUCUCAGCUGGCCUUCACAAGGACGUUCCUCCAGGAGAUUUACAACGACAGAAGACAAUUGAAGAAAGACGCGUCACUUUCUGGUCCCUCUAUAUUUUUGAAACGUUCGUUGCCAAUUCCAUAUACCCUGUGCGACCGCGCGCGUUAUAUCACAUUAUUGACAGGCUCCCGUAG